GUUAUCAGGUGAGCACAUCGUCUGGAGAUUAUUUUUAACAGCAACUUGAAGGUCUGUUUGCAGGACACUUGAACCCACACAACAGCCUCACCAAUGACACAACAGUCCGUGUCAUUCACCUGCUGACGGCGAGGAGCGAGCAUCAGCAUCGACACGUGUGGAGUCAUCUACUGCUUCAUCAUCGUUGCUAGUCUAGUGACUUGUCUAGGUUAUCUACUGACUACAUCAUCGCCGCCAGUCCAGCCACCAGUGGUCCCACCAACCACUCACCACCACUCGCCUGGCCCCAGCCACCUGCACAUGGACAUGGAAAUGACAUGGCGGAUCCUCGCUGUUCUGGUCUUGGGGAUCACCACUGCAGCUCAAAGUGACGAUGAAAAGUUCAAGAACAUCGAAAAUGAAUUCUGGUCAUGGCGCAUGCGCGACGCCCCGCAGUUCGCCACCCAAGUGGGUGACCACAGCUACAACGACAUCCUCGAGUCCUUCGACAUCUCCGUCUACCAGACUCGCAAGGACAAGGUCCGCGAGUUCCUGGCCAAGCUUGAUGGUGUCCACCCUGGUUCUCUACCAACAAAUCGUGAUCUGGAUUUUGCCAUCUUCAAAGAGCAUCUGCAGACAGCUCAAGAUGGCUUCGCAUUUAACAUGUACCAGAUUGUAAACCCAGUGAACUUCCUGGAGGGGAUCACGGGAGACCCAGCCAGCUUCCAUGUUUACCUGCCAUUUUCGACUGUUGGCGACUUCGAAAACUACAUCCAGAGGCUGACUCUUUUACCUAAGCAGAUUGAUGAGAAAAUAGAACUGAUGAAAAUCUCGAUCCAACUAAAACACACUCUGCACAACGUGUCUGUGGUGGGGGUCAUACCACAGAUCGAAAAACUUCUUUCGGUCAACGACACGGAGUCGCCGUUGUAUGCUCCGCCCUUCACGACCAAACUGAACGAAUCGUCCGUCUCGGAAGACAAAAAGGAGUCAGUGAGGACCAGAGCUCUCGCAGCUGUUGGCCAUGUCAAGGAGGCUCUGAGACGACUGAAGACGUUUCUGGAAGACGAGUACAUGCCGAACACGCGCACCACGUGGGGGGUAGGGGGACUGCCCAACGGCACGGCGCUGUACGAGCAGUGUCUGCGCUACCACACCAGCACCGACAUGACCCCGCAACAGGUUCACGACCUCGGCCUCAGCGAGAUGGCGCGCAUCCAGACCAACAUGCAGGCCGCUCUCAACAGGCUCAAGUUCAAUGGCAGCAUCCAGCAGUUCUACGAAGACAUCCGCCAUAAUCCUCAGUUUCACAAGAACACUUCGGAGGAGCUGUUGGACACCUAUAAAGACUAUGUCAAGAUAAUCACACUUAAACUAUCUUUGCUUUUCAAGAACAUUCCAGAUUAUCCUCUUAGAAUUCUUCCGAUGACUUUCGAUGGCCCACUAGGUUUUUACCAAAGUGGAUCUCCAGAUGGCAAAGUUCCGGGAACAUUUUAUGCAAAUGUAAUGAAUCCUGCCAACACCACCACCAUCACCCUGAUGUCACUGGUUCUCCAUGAAACCAUUCCAGGACACCACCUACAGAGCAUCUACUCGCUGGCGACAAGACUACCUCCCUACCGAGCUUUCAUUGAGGACAGCAACUACUACAGGAUGCCGGCCACCUUCCCCAUCAACACGGCGCACAUCGAGGGCUGGGGGCUGUACGCGGAGUUCCUUGGCGAGGAGAUGGGCGUGUACACCGACGACUACAUGCUGAUGGGGCGCUACUCCGAUGAAAUAUUCCGUGCCGUGCGGCUUGUGGUGGACACAGGGCUUCACUACUUUGGCUGGGAGCGAGAGCGAGCCAUUGAGUUCAUCGUCAACAACACGGCGGAGUCGCGCCACUCCGCGCAGGUGGAGACAGACCGUUACCUGACAUGGCCGGGCCAGGCCACCGCCUACAAGAUCGGCGAGAUCAAGCUGAAGGACCUGAGGACAAGUGCCAGAACAGCCCUAGGUAACAAUUUUGACAUUCGUGAUUUCCAUUCACUGAUUUUGGACAAUGGCGUGAUGUCCCUGGACCUUCUAGAACAACUUGUCAAUGAGUGGAUCUCCUCUCGCCUCACCUCAACUACAACCUCACCAACAUCUUCCGGUGCAACAUGGAUGUUGGACAUGGGGUGGAGCAAACCUCUGCUGUGGUCGACUUUAGUUUGUUGGAGUGUAAAAAAACUCUGUGGGCGAAUCUUCUAAACACCUACUAAAAUCUGUAAACAUUUUGUUGUUGUUUUUUAUUGCUUCGCUUGUCGAUCUACUGAGUUAGUAUUUUCACAAGAUGAGUGUAAUCGGAGAACUUGUUACCCAGACUCUGCUCACAAAAAGACAACAAACCUCACAGGACUUGGUGUCUACAGGAAGUAGUCGCAGGCACUACUGUGCCUCAUCCCUGUGUAUAGGACGCGAUGUGGUGUCAAUGACCGUCUCUAUACACAGAGGCUGAAACAAUAGUUUACAUGAUUUUGUAUUGUUUGUCUGUCAGCCACACCCUAGGUGUUAGUAGCUGUGAACAUACAUAUGCAAUCUCAUUUUUGUGCGUUCGCGAGCGCGAGCGUGUCUGCUCCAGAGAAACAUAUUCACCUGAAGUUCUUUUGAAAAUUGUUUGAUUCAAGACCUAUCCAGUAUAACUGAGGCUGUUGCUGAAUUAAAAAAUAUGUACCUUC